CGCCAUUUACGUCCUCAUUCUCUACGCAUAACAAAUCGCCUACGACGAUAUUUCACAAUGGCCGCUGCCGGAAGACCCAACGUUUCUGAGGACCUCGUCUGGGAGAUUGUUCGCUCCCAGAACUCUUUCUUGGUCAACCGCAAGUCUGGGGGUGGUGCCAGGUUUACUCGUGACCCUCUGAACUUGACCAACGUUCACACUCGCAAGUAUUCCGGCUUCUCCAGCAACAAGGCUGUCGGAAUCCAAGCUGCUGAGAACAACGGCCUCACCGUUUCCACGAAGAGGCCUGGCAACCCCAACCAGCCAGCUAAGAAUGUUGUGAACACACCUAUCUCCGGCACCAGCCACAACCGCAAAGUCUACAAGGGUGUUGCCAACCGAGUCGUGUUGGGCGGCUAUCGUCCAGAUCUCCGUGCUGAGGCUGUUGCCCGCGCCAGCGCUAUCAGACAAAGCCAGCGCCCAAAGAAGGAUGCUCCAGAGAGGAAGCCAAGAGGCGCAAAGGCCCGCAAGGCUGCUGAGAAGGCGGAGUAAAUUUGAAGAAAUCUUGAAUGAAUGAAACGAGAGAAUCACAUCUAUCCGAUACAGUGCGGAGAAAAGGGUCCUCACUUCUUUUUUCUUUUUGUUUGCACCAUGAAAACAUUGCUUAUGGACAGGGAGUUUUUUUUCACCUGGAGGAACGGUGCCGGCAUUUGGCACCCGGGGGCUUCUAUGAUGUUUUGGUGCAAAAUGUUAUCUCCUGGUUAGUUGGAGAUGGACCUGGAAAGGAUUGUAUGGUAGACAUUGCCCAAGGGGGACGUAGCUGUUCCCGUGAUGGAUUUUCUCGAAUCAAUUUAGGCAUUGCAUGUCUUCAAAUUGCAAUGAUUUCAUUUCCU